UACAUAUAAUUGCCGUUAUUAUAAUAUAAUUGUACUUGUUUUACGGCAAUCGAUAUGAAGAUACGAUAUCGAUUGUUGAAAAACCAACAGCAGACUGAUACUAUAUAUAAUAAUUAGAACAUACAUGUAAAAUGGAAAUGUGCAUGUAUAUGUGUACCAUGCGAUACUCGAAAGAUUGCGCAAAAUGCACAUACACCACGAUAUUAGAAUUAAUAAAUAAUGAGACGAAUUAACAGAAUCAAGACGGAAUUGAAAUAAAUAAUAAUAAUCAGGGACAUGUUUACUUUGUCGAAUAUAUACUUUAAUAGAAUAGUUAUGAAUGCGCGAAAAUUUUCUUCUUAUAAGAUAUAUGAACGAAGUUAUAUGACUUAUAUACAAGGCCAAUCACCAGAACCACAUAUACGAGAAUACUUUUAUUAUAUUGAUCAUCAAGGCAUGCUGUUCUUAGAUGAUGUUCGUAUAAAAAAUUUUACAUCCUGUUUUAAAGACAAAAAGUUUUUGGCUUUCUUCUUUAAAAGACUCAAAAUAAAUAAUAUUGGACGACAUACACAAGAAUUUCCUUAUGUCUCUCUUUGUGGUCCUGAAAGGAACUUUGUAAAAUGCGACGAUCUUCCUAUAGUUUUCACGAAAAUUAUUCAAAAAGAAAAUGUAGAAAUUGAUAAAAAGGAGAAUUGGUUUGGCUAUUCGCACGCUGAGGAGUUUUUGAUGGUACCAUUUGAACCAGAAAAAUUAUUUAUGGAUUGUAAUUCAGGUAGAGUAUAUCAUCCUGCACCUGAAAAAGUAGGAGGCAUUGGUCUGGUUAGAUCUAAGAUGGCUAUUGAACUGAGUGUUUUUUUCUGUUUUGAAAAUGGUGAAGAACAAGGUCCAACUCAUUUUCAAUGGAAAAAUAACAAAUACGUAAUUGAUACUGAGUGGUAUAAAAACAGUGUGAAGUAUAAAGAUUAUCCUUAAAAGUUACAUUUUUAUUGGAAAGGGAAUAAAAAAGAUGACCAUUUUCUUAAUAUA